GAAAAUUGACAGAAAAACUGCAUUUCGUGAACAACGUAUCCGACCCUGAAAGAAAUUCUUCUCCUAUAGUUCCCGUUAUCGUAUCUCUUUUUGCCAGCACCGUAGCCUCACUCGUUCUGAAUCCUGUGGAUGACCUUUGAUCUUUCUAGUUCUUUUCUGGUUUUCUCGAUGUUGAAUCGAACUUUUUUGUGAUCGCUUGAUUCCAAGAUGUGAUGUUAUUCUCCAAAUCUUAGGUUCGGCUUCAAGUUGUGUUGGCAAUCUGGUUUGUAAUGAGCGAUUCACUUGAUCGGAUGUUUUCUUGAUUAAUUUCGAAGGAAUUUUUGUUUUUCGAUUUUGUUCUUCCUAUUUUGCUUUUGUAGUUUUGUUUUUAGUUUUUGUUCUUCAUUUUUAAUGGUUUUCAAUGAUCAACGGAGACGGGACUUGUGAGGGUUUCUCGGAAGUUGUCUCGGGCGACCUGUUGGAUUCGUCGUCACCUUGGGGUAUCCAGAAUGUCGACGGUAGCUCCCUUGCUUCACCGGCUUCUUCGAGGUAUUCGUCCUGCGGAGAUUCCGAGUUCGAGAGGUAUUGCAGCGCGAAUUCGGGAAUGGGAACGCCAAGUAUGCGUAGUACAAUAACAGUAUUUAACGACUGCACUGAUUCUGAAUUUGGGUAUGCGAGGAACUUUGGGUUCAGUGAUGAUAGCGGCCUGGAGAACUUCAGUUUGGGUGGGAGUGAGAGGAAUUCACUGGAUACGAAUAUAGUAGGCUACAGAAAGAUAGAACUGUGUGAUGAACUCACUAAUGAAGAGCCAAGUACGAAGUAUAGGUCUAGUGGGUUGAAUUUGUAUGGGACGGACGAGCUUAUUGAUUCACUUGAAUCUAAUGGCGAAGUUUUGUGUUGGAAGCUUGAGAGCACAUCGGAUUUAUUAUGUGGCGUAGAUAUGAGUAAUCGAUUGGAGAAGGGCGAGGGCUGGAAAGAUGAAAAAGAAGGCUUCAAUAUAGAGAAAAAAGCCAGUGAAUUGGGAACGGAGGUGGAUGCUGUUCUUGGAGAAGUAACCAACGAAGCAGUUCAUGUGAGCUGUUCAGAAGGAAGUACGGUUGAGAAUGGCAUGAAAUUAGGGAAAAGGUUUGAAGAACGUCUUCUACCUUGCACGGUUGAGAAAGAGUCUGACGGUGAAUUGGAUAUGGAAGAUGAUAGAUUCCGGAAUGAGCAUUCAGAGAGUGAGGAUUCAACAUAUAAUUUUUUAUCUGAUGGUAAUCAUAAGGAUGAAACUUUCUUGCAUAACAAUGCAAGCUUUCUCCCAGAACAUAACUUGGCGAAUGAAAAUCCGUUGCUUAUCAAUUCUUCUGUAGCUUUUGGUUCCGAUGAUUGGAAUGAUUUUGAGUGUGAAACACACGGAUUCUCUCUGAAUUCCUUGACUGAGGACGCACUCCAAAAAAGGAAACAGCACAAUCGGAAUUCCUCUUCUCUGAAUGUAAAUGGUGAUCCCAUUGGUAAUGAAAAGACAAGAGAAGAUGGGACACAGAUGCUCUUAGACUGCAAAGAGGAUCAAGCUAGCACAAAAUUUCCAAAAAAAGUUAACAAUAGAUAUGGGGAUUGUAUCAUUGUGCCAACUGUUGAAAGACCAAAGGAAAUUAUUCAAGUGCGGGACAUUCCUGUGGCCAUCUGCCAAGUCCAGUCUUUUGACGAGUUGGAGGAAAUUGCAAACAGUACUUUUUUAACUGAAGCUGAUUCCUCGUAUGGUGUUGAGUUAGAUCAAGAUGCGAAGGAUAUAUUUGUUGUUAAUAAUCAAGCAGGAGAUGCUGAUAAAACUGCAUAUAAUAGUAAAUGUCUUGUUAGUAGUAAUAUUACUGAAAUUGGUACAGGAGCAGAGAAAUUUACGUUGAAGCAGCACAUGUGCCCAGUGGAUGGUAACUCUGUAGAGCGACCUCAAAUUCUAGAAACUGAGGAUAACAGAGGAAUUGUAAACCAAGGCUUAGAUAGCCAAGGACUAGGAAAUUUGAAAGCAAAAGUGGACCCUCUUGUUGAUAUUUUAACUAAUCGAAUUUCUACUCUUCCUAGCGAUCGUUGUGAGGACAUGUCGCGUUCCACUUUAACACCUGAAUCAAAAGGCCAUCUUUUGCCAGUUGAGUUACCAAAACUUGAGCUAAAUGAUUUCUAUGAUGAAGUUGUUCAUGAAAUGGAGGAAAUACUGCUUGAAUCUUCUGACUCUCCAGGAGCUAGAUUUACUAAUAGAUAUAAGUUAUCUCAGUCACUACCAUCUUUACCAUUAAGAGAUGGAGGAUCAACUGCAUCUAUUUCAGGCAUUAACUGUUCUGAUCCAAAUAACCCAGAAGACUUAAAAAUUGAUGGGGUUGAAGUGAUAGGGGCAAGACAAAAGAGAGGGGAUGUAUCAUUCAGUGAAAGACUAGUUGGGGUGAAGGAGUACACUGUAUACAAAAUUAGAGUCUGGAGUGGCAAGAAACAGUGGGAGGUUGAACGUCGCUACCGAGAUUUCUAUUCUCUAUAUUGUCGGUUGAAAUCAUCAUUUGCUGAUUGUGGCUGGAGUUUACCCUCUCCCUGGUCCUCUGUUGAUAAUAGAUCAACAAAGUUAUUUGGGAGUGCAUCUCCGGAUAUUAUUGCUGAAAGAAGUGUUUUAAUUCAAGAGUGCUUAUGUUCUAUUCUUGAUUCAAGAUUUUCAUCAACAAAUCCAAGUCCAUUAAUUUUUUUUUUGUCCUCUAAAGAAUCAAACUCCAGUUCUCCUACAUCAGAUACUGUAGUACCUCAAUCACCGGCCAUUUCAAGUGCAUCUGACACACAAAAAUUGUCCUCUUUGGGGAAUUCCAUAUCCCUAAUUGUCGAAAUUCGACCAUACAAAUCUACAAAACAAAUACUGGAGCUGCAGCAUUACACGUGUGCUGGAUGUUACAGACAUUUUGAUGAUCAGAAAACUCUGAUGAAAGGCUUUGUACAGAGUUUUGGAUGGGGCAAACCACGACUCUGUGAUUACACCUCUCAGAUGUUUUGUUCUUCAUGCCAUACAAAUGAGAUGGCAGUCAUACCAGCAAGAGUUUUACAUCACUGGGACUUCACUCGCCACCCAGUUUCUCAGUUAGCUAAGUCGUACUUGGAUUCCAUACAUGAUCAGCCCAUGCUUUGUGUCAGUGCGGUUAAUCCUUCUCUCUUCUCAAAGGUCCCAGCUUUGCUUCAUGUUAUGGGUUUGAGGAAAAAGAUAGGAGAUAUGAUUUCAUAUGUUCGCUGCCCAUUUCGUAGGUCAAUUAACAGAGGACUUGGAUUCCGUAGAUAUCUUGUUGAAAGCAAUGAUUUUUUUGCUCUUAGAGAUCUUGUUGAUCUUUCCAAAGGGGCAUUUGCAGUAUUACCUACAAUCCUGGAGACUGUCUCGAGGAAAAUCUUGGAGCACAUAGAGGAGAAAUGCCUCGUGUGCUGUGACGCUGGUGUUUCAUGUGGUGCUCGACAAGCAUGUAGUGCCCCAUUGUCUCUCAUUUUUCCUUUUCAGGAAACUGAGAUGGAGAGAUGUCCAUCAUGUGAAUCUCUGUUCCAUAAACCUUGUUUUGCAAAGCUCACCAAAUGUCAUUGUGGGGCACGUCUUAGAGUUGAUGAGACCAGAAGGCUCUCAAGGAAGGUAGGCAAUGGAUUAGGGACAGAUGAUGAGGAGAAUGGAGCUGUGUACUCAUUUCUGGGAAAAUCAGCUUCCAUUUCGCCUUUGAGAUCUCUAUCAGGUCUGUUUGCAAAAUCAAAUCAAACAACAAAAGAACAUAAAGACACUGAGAAUAUCAUCUUGAUGGGUUCUCUGCCUUCCGGCUCCCUUUGAGCACCUAUUUUUGUGUAUCAGUUACUAUUUUUUUAUAAUUCCAAAGCCCAUUUGCCAAUCUGUUGGAUAUAUGUCAAAAUAAUAAACACGUUUGCUAAUCAAUAAGAUGUAUUUUGUAAUAAUUUUUUAGGUGUGAUGUCAGUGUGUCAUUCAUCUAA